UCAUAUGAAAUGUUAUGCGGGCGAAACCGCAGCUGAAGAAAGCAAUCCGUAUCCCUCAGUCAGAUUCCCAUCUCCUUCGUCUUCAACCCUAGCCCCCCUCCCUCUCUCUCUCGACUUCUCUCUCACCAACGUGAUCUCUCUUUCUCUUGCUCUCUCUCUCUCUCUCACUCACACAGACGGUUGCGUGGGUCUCUCUCUCUCUCUUCGGCCGUAGCUCCAAGAUCAGCUUCGGCGUGGGUCUCCAAGAAGGAGGUGCAGAACAACACCAUAUACUGAAGCUGAGAUUAAGGAUAAAAUAUAGAGUUCUUUAGUCACCAAAAGGCAUUGUUUUAGUAUCUUUGAAAAUCAAAAUAGAUAGCCUUUUGUGAAGUAAUGGGUGAGGAUGCGACAUUGGAGUUCUCUCUCCCACAAUAUAUACUCGCCCCAUUACUUAGUGCUUCCAACUCAUAUUCCUUGGAAGAAGCAUUAGAAAAUCUUAUAAAAGCUUCUAGAACCGAUGUUGGCCGCAAGGACCUUGCUUCCAAGAAGAUCCUGUCGACAGUUCUUCAGCUCAGUCAGUCUCUCCCUUACCCUUCUGGUUGUCACCUUCUUACUUCAUCUUUAAAGCUCCUCAGAAACCUGUGUGCUGGUGAAAUUGCUAAUCAGGACGCAUUUAUUGAACAAAAUGGAGUUGAUGUUGUUUCCACAGUUUUGAGGUCUGCUGUGACUCUGUCCAAUCCAGAUUACGGGACUGUGCGAAUGGGGUUGCAGGUAUUGGCGAAUGUAUGUUUGGCUGGAGAAGAACAUCAGUGUGCUGUUUGGAAUUGUUUCUUUCCGGACGACUUUGUUCUCCUCACGAGAGUCCGAAGCCAAAAGACUUGUGAUCCGUUGUGUAUGGUUCUUUAUACUUGUUGCGAUGGAAGCACGAGACUGUUCGAGGAGCUUUGUAGUGACUUUGGAUUGCCUAUUGUGGAAGAAAUUGUACGGACGACUUCUGCAGUUGGUUUUGGAGAGGAUUGGUUGAAGUUGAUCCUUUCAAGGAUCUGCUUAGAAGAACCCCACUACCCUCGAUUGUUCUCCAAAUUAAGCCUUGUUGGUGAUGCUAAUGUUGGUGAAGAUACUGAAUUUAAAGAUGAUAUUUUCUUGCCAGAACAAGCAUUUCUUUCUAGAAUUGUAUCAGAGAUAUUGAAUGAACGGCUUGAUGAGAUUUUUAUCCCUAAUGAUUUUGUUUUGUUCGUUUUUGAGAUAUUCAAGAGAUCUGUUGGAUUUACUAAUUCUAUUUCAAGAUGCAAGUCUGGUCUUCCAACAGGCUCUGCUUCAACAGAUGUUCUUGGAUACGCACUAACCAUUUUGAGAGAUAUUUGUGCCUCCAAAAGUAUGGGAGGCUUAAAGGAGGAGGAUUCAGUAGAUGCUGUUGAUAUGCUGCUAUCCGCUGGACUCGUAGAAUUGCUUUUAUGCUUACUUGGUGAGCUUGAGCCCCCAGGGAUGAUAAGGAAAUCCCUCAAACUGGGUAAGGAGCAAGACAGAGCAAGUUCUUAUCCAUCAAAGCCUUGUCUUUACCAGGGAUUCAGGAGAGACAUUGUUGCAGUCAUUGGCAAUUGUGCAUAUGGGAGGAAACAUGUACAAGAUGGAAUUAGGCAUAAGAAUGGGAUUCCUCUGCUCUUACAACAGUGCGUUACAGAUGAAGAUAAUCCGUUCUUGAGGGAAUGGGGCAUUUGGUGUGUGAGGAAUAUAUUGGAACAGAAUGCAGAAAAUCAGCGAGUGGUAGCUGAAUUGGAGCUUCAAGGUUCUGUUGAUGUGCCCGAAUUAACUGGACUUGGUCUCCGAGUGGAGGUGGAUCCAAAAACUCGACGUGCAAAGCUUGUAAAUGUCCCGUGAUGAAGCUUCAAGCUGCAAAAGAGUUUUUAGAUGCCUUGUUUUUUCAAGUGAAAGGGUAUGCGAUAGGACCAGGUUCGAGCUUGUAUGUAUGCAGAUUUCCUUUAAAUGUUAGUCUCAAAGGGUAUUAGAAGAUCUAGUCUAUAUAUUUUUCUGUUUUAAGUAGCUAUAAAAUCAACUUUUUUGGUGGUUAUGGCUUGCUAUCUCAAGAUUCUUUUGAUAACAUAUAAUGAUACUGCCAUUAUCUCAUCAUUCUUUGUUUCUGGCGGUGUUGCCGCAAAAUUUAUGCUUGCAUUUUACUGCAGUUACUAUUGCUCGCUACCCCCAAGUGUUUUGCGAAUGAAUUAAUCUUCGCAUCAGCCACUAUUUGGGAGCAGCCGUUGCACACAUGACGUGUUAGACCGGGUUCACUAAGAAGUGAACUGAUUUUGCCCUAAACCCCACUCACUCCCUGAUCCUCCCCCUCUUCUCUUCAGCAUGUCAUCUCUGCUGUAACCCCUCCCCCUGGUCUCAGAGCAGUGUUCAGAGGCGAGUGGAGGCUAUUUCUCGUCACCACCUACUGACACGACCUAAUCCCAUUCUUUCUCCGAUUUUACUAAAGGGUGGUCAGCCAAUAAAUGGUGAGGCUGAACCUGUGAUCAUAGGAUGUAUGGUGUUCGACAUUCAUGCCGCACCUUCGAUGUCAGCAAAUCCCAAAACAACCACUUCUGCAAAGGUUCGUUAUGUACUUGGAGGUGUAGCAAGGAAUGUUGCUGAAUGCAUGUCCAAGCUCGGAACAAAGCCUAUUAGUGUUGUGGGUCUUGAUAUGGCAGUUUUCUUUCAGUAAUAAGGUGGUUCUAAAUCCAAGCACCACAGGUAUGGUUUGCACCACCACACCCCACGCCUAGAGCCUCAUGAGAUUUCUUUGUAGAGAUUGUCAGCCAUUUGGUGUUGCGUCAUAUUAAUUCUUUUCUACUCAUGUCUAUUUCAGUUUUAAAGUGUUUCUGAAUCCUAGCACCACGGAUGUGGUUGUACCACUACAGCUAAAGCACUGGCUAUGGGCAAAAUUGUUUUAUACUAAUCAUCCCCCAAAUGAAUUCUUCAAAGCAGUUCCCAAAUUGUUGGACCUAUGAUGACAGCAACGGGUUUAUUGAAGCCACACACAAGGCAUUAGCCGAAGAGCAUGCACAGAGGCAUGAACUAUCAUGGGAGGCAGCCACAGAACGGUUCCUGAAGGUUACUGAACUGGACCAAGUUCAUGCUGGGAAGCCGUCAAAUAUUCCUCAAAAGAACUUUAUGUCUACGUCUUUCAAUUUUUAAUGGAGGAUGCAUCAGCAUAUGAAGCAUGAUUCACCAAGGAUUGAAUAAUAAGGUUGCCGCUCUUGUUGCUCUUUUUAGCUGAAAUGAACAAAAGAAACAGAAGGGGCCCUUUGGGUGGGGGGUGGGGGGGGGGGGGGGGGGGGGGGGAGAGAGAGACGUAUUUCCCACUAAGUGAUUGCCUAGGGGACUGCUUUUUCUAUAAUUGCUAUAUAAUUAUGCAACACCUACCUUGCUCCUUGUGAUAAAUUGUACUUUUUUCUUACGUAUCUUCUGACUAUAACAUGGUGUAGAAACUUCGACAAGGUAGAGAACAUUGGUGAUGAUAUAAAAUAAUUUUGCUGAGAA